CCCUCUCGGCCUCAGUCAUCUCCCAUUGGAAAUGGGGGUAUUGCUGAGAACUACCCUUUUGUCCGGAGUCUGGGCCAGGUGAAGAGACCAAGACUCAGAGAGGCCACGCCAUUUGCUUGCCUUGGGUCACGCAGCCAAAGGACUGAGAGCCAGAACUUACACACCCAGAUCUGGAGUCAACAGGAAAAUGGCCACCUGGAAUGAAAAGGCAGUCACCCGCAGGGCCAAGGUGGCUCCCGCUGAGAGGAUGAGCAAGUUCUUGAAGCACUUCACCGUCGUUGGGGACGACUACCAUGCCUGGAACGUCAACUACGAGAAAUGGGAGAACGAGGAAGAGGAGGAGGAGGAGGAGGAGCAGCCGCCAGCAACACCGGCCUCGGGCGAGGAGGGCAGAGCUGCCAACCCAACUGCGGCCCCCGUCUCCACGCCCAGGCGGCCCCUCGACUUCAGGAGCACGCUGAGGAAGCUCUUCAGCUCCCACAGGUUUCAGGUUAUCAUCAUUUGCCUGGUCAUUCUGGAUGCCCUCCUGGUGCUGGCCGAGCUGAUUCUGGACCUGAGGAUCAUCCAGCCUGACAAGAACAACUAUGCACCCAGGCUAUUCCACUACAUAAGCAUUGCCAUCUUGACCUUCUUUAUGAUGGAAGUUUCCUUUAAAAUAUAUGCCUUCCGUUUGGAGUUCUUACACCACAAGUUUGAAAUCCUGGAUGCCAUUGUCGUGGUGGUUUCUUUCAUCCUUGACAUUGUCCUCCUGUUCCGUGAGCACGAGUUUGAGGCUCUCGGCCUGCUGAUUCUGCUCCGGCUGUGGAGAGUGGCCCGGAUCAUCAAUGGGAUAAUUAUCUCAGUUAAGACACGAUCGGAACGGCAACUGUUAAGAUUAAAACAGAUUAAUAUACAAUUGGCCGCCAAGAUCCAACAUCUUGAAUUCAGCUGCUCUGAGAAGGAACAAGAAAUCGAGAGACUUAACAAGCUACUGAGACAGCACGGACUUCUUGGGGAGGUGAACUAGAGGGUACCCGCUCUGCUGCAAAGAGAAGACCCUGCCUCCUCGUGGGCUUGUGCCCCUGAUGAGAGACUCCCGGGGCCGUUUGGAGGACGGGUGUGGCCUGAUGCCUGUGCCCGCCUCCCACCCAGCCUGGAUUCUGGGGACA